UUCUCACAGAUUCUUUUCCAAAAAAAAUCCAUUGGAUUUGUUUUCGUCUCAUUGAUCAACAUUUCUGUUAAUUGUUUGUUUCUGUUGAUUGUGUUUAAUUGUUUCGUUUUGUUUUUUAAAUUCACUUUUCAAAUGUUUAGGUUAACAACAUCAACUGUUGUUCAUAGAUUACUUUGUGUUCAUCUUAAUUGUUGUGAUGGUAUUUGUGGUAAUUUAAAUGUUUCGCAGGUAAAUGGUUACAAAUUGUUGACUGGUAAAAGGAUUGAUUCCUGUCGUUUAUUUUGUUCCAAUGAUGGUGAUAAUAAUAAAAAGAUAACCCCAAUCAAAGAAAGUGAGGUUAAGGUUGAGGUUAAAAGUGAAAAGGAAAAUAUUUUUAAAUUUUCAAAGAAAAAGAAAGAUCUUGAUAAGGGAAGUUUAACUAAUUGGUUUCGAACAAAUUAUGGUGAAAGAAAACCGAAAAAUAUGCCAACUGAUUCUAGUCAAUUAGAUUCUCUUGAUAGAAUUGCCAUUACUUCAUCUAAUGAGGAUUAUGAUUAUCAAACUGUUAAUAUGGUCGCUUCCUUUUACGAUACUGAUUCCAAGGAUUGGGAAAGUUACAAGCAGAUUAUUGAACAAUUUAAGAAGCCAGGAAAAUCUGGAAUGAGAGUUGGUCAAGUUGAAUUUAUCUAUGGAUCAUUGAAACGAUUAAAAGAUUUUGGAUUACAUAAAGAUACUCGUGCUUAUAAUGCACUUUUAAAUGUUUUCCCGAAAGAGAAAAUGCUUCCAGAGAAUAUUAUUCAAGCGGGUUUCCUUCAUUAUGCUAAGCAACAAUUUUGUGCCAUCGAUUUACUUGAAGAAAUGGAACAUAAUUUAGUUUGUCCCGAUCAGGAAACAGUUGAUUCCGUCAUUGCAAUUUUCGGUAAACGUUCCCAUGUUUUCGAGAAAAUGGGCUCAAUGAUCUAUUGGACAACAAAAGCUCGAUACAGUGAUCCUUACCCAAUGCCGAAUACCCUCCCCUUAGAUCCAAAGGAAUUAGCAAAGAUCAGUUUCCGACGAAUGAGCCUCGACUUAAAUUCUGAAAUAUCAGUAUAUUCGACUGAAGGUGUUCCCGAUUCGAUCGACAAAACUUGGAUCGUUUCUUCAAUGUCACCCGUCCAAAAGAGUCUAAUUAAUCGUCUAAAUGAACCUUUAUUCAUCGAUGGUCCACAUAUCAUGUGGUUAAAAGAUCAUAUGACCAGUUACUUUGUACUGAAAACCACUGCUCCUAAAGAGAUUGUCAAAGAGGAAAAGGAUUACGAGGACAUGAGAGAUUUACCCUUAUUCGCUUACGGUGGAUUAUCUAAAAGUGAACAUAUCGCAAGAAUCGAGGGUCUUCAUAAAACCGAAGAGGGAACAAUUUGUGGAUUAGUGGCAACCGGAACUUCAUCAAGAGAUUCACUUCUCUCAUAUAUACGAAUUCUUCAAUAUCAUAUUCCCAAAAUAAAGGAAUUAAGUAUCAUCUUUAAACAAAGAGCACCAGAAACUGCGAUUGGUCCAGUAAAUGAAAACGAACAGGAUAGUAAUCAAACAGAGGCGAAUGAUGAAAAAAUUAAGUUAAUUGUAAAUAAAUAGAACCUUCAACUUUUUUUUGUAAAUAAAAAGAUUGACUUAGUUUUAAAAUUUA